GUAAAACCGUUUUCUUUUCUUCUUUCUGCUACCUGGCCAUGGCUGAUCUACACAGUUCCAGCAAAAUAAGAUAAUAUAUCAUCAGAAUGGCCACAGGCAUGAUGGGCACAAUUGUCGAUGCUGCAAACAAGGAAGUAAAUGGAAGUACACACAAAGACAAGAAGGUGACCGUUGUUUUUGUUCUAGGUGGUCCAGGCAGUGGUAAGGGCACUCAGUGUGCAAAUAUUGUCGAAAAUUUCGGUUAUACUCAUCUCAGUGCGGGUGAUCUUCUCCGAGCUGAGAUAAAAUCCGGUUCUGAAAAUGGGACAAUGAUUCAAAACAUGAUUAAGGAGGGAAAAAUUGUGCCUUCGGAGGUAACAAUUAAGCUUCUCCAACGAGCAAUAGAGGAAAACAGCAACGACAAGUUUCUGAUUGACGGCUUUCCUCGCAAUGAGGAAAAUCGUGCAGCAUUUGAAUCUGUAACUGGGUUUGAGCCAGAAUUUGUACUCUUCUUCGAUUGUCCGGAGGAGGAAAUGGAGAGGCGCUUGUUGAGUAGGAACCAAGGCAGAGAAGACGAUAACAUAGAGACAAUUAGGAAGAGAUUUAAGGUGUACAUGGAGUCGAGUCUCCCGGUGAUUGAAUAUUACAAUUCUAAAGGGAAGGUCCGCAAGAUAAAUGCUGCUAGACCGGUUAAUGAAGUUUUUGAGGCCGUCAAAGCAGUUUUCACCACCCCACCUUUUGAAAAGGCUUGAGAAAAUGACGAUGGCUCCAAAACAUAUGACUCGAGAAAAUUUUUAUACAUUUUACUUACACUGGUAUCCUUCUCCCUUGAAGUGGAGGAGUUUUUACUUACGUUUUACUGUUAACGUCUUUGAUAUACACGAUUAGUUAUAUCAUAGUGUUGUUUUUCGUUGCUUCUAUAUCGGUCAUAUCUUGUCGAAAGAGCGAAAAUGGUGGAUCAAAUAAUGGAGUUAUUCAUUUUCAUGACUUGUAUAAUUGUUAUCUUGAGGGCAAUUCAUUACUGUUUUGUUAUCAUCCCUCACAUAAAAUGAAGCAAGUUAUGG